UAAAGAUCACACAAUACCAAAAACUGAUAAAAUAGAAUUGACUAAAUCUGACUCAAAAGAUUCGAUUAAAUCAAUAGCUAGUGAAAAAGACGGGAAGGUAUUAUUAACUGACGAUAGAGAUCAAAAAGAAACUAUAACUGAUAAAAUAAAAUUGAGUAAAUCUGACUCGAAAGAUUCAAUUACAUCGUAUAGUAGUGAACUUGACCUGAAAGGAUUAUUAACUGACGAUAAAGAUCACACAAUACCAAAAACUGAUAAAAUAGAAUUGACUAAAUCUGACUCGAAAGAUUCGAUUAAAUCAAUAGCUAGUGAAAAAGACGUGAAGGUAUUAUUAACUGACGAUAAAGAUCGAAAAUAUCCUACAACUGAUAAAGUAGAAUUGACUAAAUCUGACUCAAAAGAAACAAUUAAAUUAACACCCGUUGAAAAGGACAUCCCUGAAAGUCUAAAAACUGAUUCAGUUCUAGAUAAAAUUACAAUCGAAAAAUCUGAUACUGUUAAAGACGAUAUUAAAACAGAAUCACAAAAAAUAAUAAAUAUUGAAUUUAAAACUACCGAAAUUAUCAAACAUGAAAUAAUAACUGAUUUACCAAAAACAGAUAAAAUAGAAUUGACUAAAUCUGACUCGAAAGAUUCGAUUAAAUCAAUAGCUAGUGAAAAAGACGUGAAGGUAUUAUUAACUGACGAUAGAGAUCAAAAAGAACAUACAACUGAUAAAAUAGAAUUGACUAAAUCUGACUCAAAAGAUUCGAUUAAAUCAAUAGCUAGUGAAAAAGACGGGAAGGUAUUAUUAACUGACGAUAGAGAUCAAAAAGAAACUAUAACUGAUAAAAUAAAAUUGAGUAAAUCUGACUCGAAAGAUUCAAUUACAUCGUAUAGUAGUGAACUUGACCUGAAAGGAUUAUUAACUGACGUUAAAGAUCACACAAUACCAAAAACUGAUAAAAUAGAAUUGACUAAAUCUGACUCGAAAGAUUCGAUUAAAUCUAUAGCUAGUGAAAAAGACGUGAAGGUAUUAUUAACUGACGAUAAAGAUCAAAAAGAUCCUACAACUGAUAAAGUAGAAUUGACUAAAUCUGACUCAAAAGAAACAAUUAAAUUAACACCCGUUGAAAAGGACAUCCCUGAAAGUCUAAAAACUGAUUCAGUUCUAGAUAAAAUUACAAUCGAAAAAUCUGAUACUGUUAAAGACGAUAUUAAAACAGAAUCACAAAAAAUAAUAAAUAUUGAAUCUAAAACUACCGAAAUUAUCAAACAUGAAAUAAUAACUGAUUUACCAAAAACAGAUAAAAUAGAAUUGACUAAAUCUGACUCGAAAGAUUCGAUUAAAUCAAUAGCUAGUGAAAAAGACGUGAAGGUAUUAUUAACUGACGAUAAAGAUCAAAAAGAUCCUACAACUGAUAAAAUAAAAUUGAGUAAAUCUGACUCGAAAGAUUCAAUUACAUCGUAUAGUAGUGAACUUGACCUGAAAGGAUUAUUAACUGACGAUAAAGAUCACACAAUACCAAAAACUGAUAAAAUAGAAUUGACUAAAUCUGACUCAAAAGAUUCGAUUAAAUCAAUAGCUAGUGAAAAAGACGGGAAGGUAUUAUUAACUGACGAUAGAGAUCAAAAAGAAACUAUAACUGAUAAAAUAAAAUUGAGUAAAUCUGACUCGAAAGAUUCAAUUACAUCGUAUAGUAGUGAACUUGACCUGAAAGGAUUAUUAACUGACGAUAAAGAUCACACAAUACCAAAAACUGAUAAAAUAGAAUUGACUAAAUCUGACUCGAAAGAUUCGAUUAAAUCAAUAGCUAGUGAAAAAGACGUGAAGGUAUUAUUAACUGACGAUAAAGAUCAAAAAUAUCCUACAACUGAUAAAAUAGAAUUCACUAAAUCUGACUCAAAAGAAACAAUUAAAUUAACAACCGUUGAAAAGGACAUCCCUGAAAGUCUAAAAACUGAUUCAGUUCUAGAUAAAAUUACAAUCGAAAAAUCUGAUACCAUUAAAGACGAUAUUAAAACAGAAUCACAAAAAAUAAUAAAUAUUGAAUCUAAAACUACCGAAAUUAUCAAACAUGAAAUAAUAACUGAUUUACCAAAAACAGAUAAAAUAGAAUUGACUAAAUCUGACUCGAAAGAUUCGAUUAAAUCAAUAGCUAGUGAAAAAGACGUGAAGGUAUUAUUAACUGACGAUAAAGAUCAAAAAUAUCCUACAACUGAUAAAAUAGAAUUGACUAAAUCUGACUCAAAAGAAACAAUUAAAUUAACAACCGUUGAAAAGGACAUCCCUGAAAGUCUAAAAACUGAUUCAGUUCUAGAUGAAAUUACAAUCGAAAAAUCUGAUACCAUUAAAGACGAUAUUAAAACAGAAUCACAAAAAAUAAUAAAUAUUGAAUCUAAAACUACCGAAAUUAUCAAACAUGAAAUAAUAACUGAUUUACCAAAAACUGAUAAAAUAGAAUUGACUAAAUCUGACUCGAAAGAUUCGAUUAAAUCAAUAGCUAGUGAAAAAGACGUGAAUGUAUUAUUAACUGAUGAUAAAGAUCAAAAAGAUCCUACAACUGAUAAAAUAAAAUUGAGUAAAUCUGACUCGAAAGAUUCAAUUACAUCGUAUAGUAGUGAACUUGACCUGAAAGGAUUUUUAACUGACGAUAAAGAUCACACAAUACCAAAAACUGAUAAAAUAGAAUUGACUAAAUCUGACUCGAAAGAUUCGAUUAAAUCAAUAGCUAGUGAAAAAGACGUGAAGGUAUUAUUAACUGACGAUAAAGAUCAAAAAGAUCCUACAACUGAUAAAAUAAAAUUGAGUAAAUCUGACUCGAAAGAUUCAAUUACAUCGUAUAGUAGUGAACUUGACUUGAAAGGAUUAUUAACUGACGAUAAAGAUCACACAAUACCAAAAACUGAUAAAAUAGAAUUGACUAAAUCUGACUCAAAAGAUUCGAUUAAAUCAAUAGCUAGUGAAAAAGACGGGAAGGUAUUAUUAACUGACGAUAGAGAUCAAAAAGAAACUAUAACUGAUAAAAUAAAAUUGAGUAAAUCUGACUCGAAAGAUUCAAUUACAUCGUAUAGUAGUGAACUUGACCUGAAAGGAUUAUUAACUGACGAUAAAGAUCACACAAUACCAAAAACUGAUAAAAUAGAAUUGACUAAAUCUGACUCGAAAGAUUCGAUUAAAUCAAUAGCUAGUGAAAAAGACGUGAAGGUAUUAUUAACUGACGAUAAAGAUCAAAAAUAUCCUACAACUGAUAAAAUAGAAUUCACUAAAUCUGACUCAAAAGAAACAAUUAAAUUAACAACCGUUGAAAAGGACAUCCCUGAAAGUCUAAAAACUGAUUCAGUUCUAGAUAAAAUUACAAUCGAAAAAUCUGAUACCAUUAAAGACGAUAUUAAAACAGAAUCACAAAAAAUAAUAAAUAUUGAAUCUAAAACUACCGAAAUUAUCAAACAUGAAAUAAUAACUGAUUUACCAAAAACAGAUAAAAUAGAAUUGACUAAAUCUGACUCGAAAGAUUCGAUUAAAUCAAUAGCUAGUGAAAAAGACGUGAAGGUAUUAUUAACUGACGAUAAAGAUCAAAAAUAUCCUACAACUGAUAAAAUAGAAUUGACUAAAUCUGACUCAAAAGAAACAAUUAAAUUAACAACCGUUGAAAAGGACAUCCCUGAAAGUCUAAAAACUGAUUCAGUUCUAGAUGAAAUUACAAUCGAAAAAUCUGAUACCAUUAAAGACGAUAUUAAAACAGAAUCACAAAAAAUAAUAAAUAUUGAAUCUAAAACUACCGAAAUUAUCAAACAUGAAAUAAUAACUGAUUUACCAAAAACUGAUAAAAUAGAAUUGACUAAAUCUGACUCGAAAGAUUCGAUUAAAUCAAUAGCUAGUGAAAAAGACGUGAAUGUAUUAUUAACUGAUGAUAAAGAUCAAAAAGAUCCUACAACUGAUAAAAUAAAAUUGAGUAAAUCUGACUCGAAAGAUUCAAUUACAUCGUAUAGUAGUGAACUUGACCUGAAAGGAUUUUUAACUGACGAUAAAGAUCACACAAUACCAAAAACUGAUAAAAUAGAAUUGACUAAAUCUGACUCGAAAGAUUCGAUUAAAUCAAUAGCUAGUGAAAAAGACGUGAAUGUAUUAUUAACUGAUGAUAAAGAUCAAAAAGAUCCUACAACUGAUAAAAUAAAAUUGAGUAAAUCUGACUCGAAAGAUUCAAUUACAUCGUAUAGUAGUGAACUUGACCUGAAAGGAUUUUUAACUGUCGAUAAAGAUCACACAAUACCAAAAACUGAUAAAAUAGAAUUGACUAAAUCUGACUCGAAAGAUUCGAUUAAAUCAAUAGCUAGUGAAAAAGACGUGAAGGUAUUAUUAUCUGACGAUAAAUAUCAAAAAGAUUCUACAACUGAUAAAAUAAAAUUAACUAAAUCUGACUCAAAAGAAACAACUAAAUUAACACCCGUUGAAAAGGACAUCCCUGAAAGUCUAAAAACUGAUUCAGCUCUAGAUAAAAUUACAAUCGAAAAAUCUGAUAGUGUUAAAGACGAUAUUAAAACCGAAUCACAAAAAAUAAUAAAUAUUGAAUCUAAAACUACCGAAAUUAUCAAACAUGAAAUAAUAACUGAUUUACCAAAAACAGAUAAAAUAGAAUUGACUAAAUCUGACUCGAAAGAUUCGAUUAAAUCAAUAGCUAGUGAAAAAGACGUGAAUGUAUUAUUAACUGAUGAUAAAGAUCAAAAAGAUACUACAACUGAUAAAAUAAAAUUGAGUAAAUCUGACUCGAAAGAUUCAAUUACAUCGUAUAGUAGUGAACUUGACCUGAAAGGAUUUUUAACUGACGAUAAAGAUCACACAAUACCAAAAACUGAUAAAAUAGAAUUGACUAAAUCUGUCUCGAAAGAUUCGAUUAAAUCUAUAGCUAGUGAAAAAGACGUGAAGGUAUUAUUAUCUGACGAUAAAGAUCAAAAAGAUUCUACAACUGAUAAAAUAAAAUUGACUAAAUCUGACUCAAAAGAAACAACUAAAUUAACACCCGUUGAAAAGGACAUCCCUGAAAGUCUAAAAACUGAUUCAGCUCUAGAUAAAAUUACAAUCGAAAAGUCUGAUAGUGUUAAAGACGAUAUUAAAACAGAAUCACAAAAAAUAAUAAAUAUUGAAUCUAAAACUACCAAAAUUAAUAAACAUGAAAUAAUAACUGAUUUACCAAAAACAGAUAAAAUAGAAUUGCCUAAAUCUCACUCGAAAGAUUCGAUUAAAUCAAAAGCUAGUGAAAAAGACGGAAAGGUAUUAUUAACUGACGAUAAAGAUCAAAAAGAUCCUACAACUGAUAAAAUAAAAUUGAGUAAAUCUGACUCGAAAGAUUCAAUUACAUCGUAUAGUAGUGAACUUGACCUGAAAGGAUUAUUAACUGACGAUAAAGAUCACACAAUACCAAAAACUGAUAAAAUAGAAUUGACUAAAUCUGACUCAAAAGAUUCGAUUAAAUCAAUAGCUAGUGAAAAAGACGGGAAGGUAUUAUUAACUGACGAUAGAGAUCAAAAAGAAACUAUAACUGAUAAAAUAAAAUUGAGUAAAUCUGACUCGAAAGAUUCAAUUACAUCGUAUAGUAGUGAACUUGACCUGAAAGGAUUAUUAACUGACGAUAAAGAUCACACAAUACCAAAAACUGAUAAAAUAGAAUUGACUAAAUCUGACUCGAAAGAUUCGAUUAAAUCAAUAGCUAGUGAAAAAGACGUGAAGGUAUUAUUAACUGACGAUAAGAAUCAAAAAUAUCCUACAACUGAUAAAAUAGAAUUGACUAAAUCUGACUCAAAAGAAACAAUUAAAUUAACAACCGUUGAAAAGGACAUCCCUGAAAGUCUAAAAACUGAUUCAGUUCUAGAUAAAAUUACAAUCGAAAAAUCUGAUACCAUUAAAGACGAUAUUAAAACAGAAUCACAAAAAAUAAUAAAUAUUGAAUCUAAAACUACCGAAAUUAUCAAACAUGAAAUAAUAACUGAUUUACCAAAAACAGAUAAAAUAGAAUUGACUAAAUCUGACUCGAAAGAUUCGAUUAAAUCAAUAGCUAGUGAAAAAGACGUGAAGGUAUUAUUAACUGACGAUAAAGAUCAAAAAUAUCCUACAACUGAUAAAAUAGAAUUGACUAAAUCUGACUCAAAAGAAACAAUUAAAUUAACAACCGUUGAAAAGGACAUCCCUGAAAGUCUAAAAACUGAUUCAGUUCUAGAUGAAAUUACAAUCGAAAAAUCUGAUACCAUUAAAGACGAUAUUAAAACAGAAUCACAAAAAAUAAUAAAUAUUGAAUCUAAAACUACCGAAAUUAUCAAACAUGAAAUAAUAACUGAUUUACCAAAAACUGAUAAAAUAGAAUUGACUAAAUCUGACUCGAAAGAUUCGAUUAAAUCAAUAGCUAGUGAAAAAGACGUGAAUGUAUUAUUAACUGAUGAUAAAGAUCAAAAAGAUCCUACAACUGAUAAAAUAAAAUUGAGUAAAUCUGACUCGAAAGAUUCAAUUACAUCGUAUAGUAGUGAACUUGACCUGAAAGGAUUUUUAACUGACGAUAAAGAUCACACAAUACCAAAAACUGAUAAAAUAGAAUUGACUAAAUCUGACUCAAAAGAUUCGAUUAAAUCAAUAGCUAGUGAAAAAGACGGGAAGGUAUUAUUAACUGACGAUAAAGAUCAAAAAGAUCCUACAACUGAUAAAAUAAAAUUGAGUAAAUCUGACUCGAAAGAUUCAAUUACAUCGUAUAGUAGUGAACUUGACCUGAAAGGAUUAUUAACUGACGAUAAAGAUCACACAAUACCAAAAACUGAUAAAAUAGAAUUGACUAAAUCUGACUCGAAAGAUUCGAUUAAAUCUAUAGCUAGUGAAAAAGACGUGAAGGUAUUAUUAACUGUCGAUAAAGAUCAAAAAGAUCCUACAACUGAUAAAGUAGAGUUGACUAAAUCUGACUCAAAAGAAACAAUUAAAUUAACACCCGUUGAAAAGGACAUCCCUGAAAGUCUAAAAACUGAUUCAGUUCUAGAUAAAAUUACAAUCGAAAAAUCUGAUACUGUUAAAGACGAUAUUAAAACAGAAUCACAAAAAAUAAUAAAUAUUGAAUCUAAAACUACCGAAAUUAUCAAACAUGAAAUAAUAACUGAUUUACCAAAAACAGAUAAAAUAGAAUUGACUAAAUCUGACUCGAAAGAUUCGAUUAAAUCAAUAGCUAGUGAAAAAGACGUGAAGGUAUUAUUAACUGACGAUAAAGAUCAAAAAGAUCCUACAACUGAUAAAAUAAAAUUGAGUAAAUCUGACUCGAAAGAUUCAAUUACAUCGUAUAGUAGUGAACUUGACCUGAAAGGAUUAUUAACUGACGAUAAAGAUCACACAAUUCCAAAAACUGAUAAAAUAGAAUUGACUAAAUCUGACUCAAAAGAUUCGAUUAAAUCAAUAGCUAGUGAAAAAGACGGGAAGGUAUUAUUAACUGACGAUAGAGAUCAAAAAGAAACUAUAACUGAUAAAAUAAAAUUGAGUAAAUCUGACUCGAAAGAUUCAAUUACAUCGUAUAGUAGUGAACUUGACCUGAAAGGAUUAUUAACUGACGAUAAAGAUCACACAAUACCAAAAACUGAUAAAAUAGAAUUGACUAAAUCUGACUCGAAAGAUUCGAUUAAAUCAAUAGCUAGUGAAAAAGACGUGAAGGUAUUAUUAACUGACGAUAAAGAUCAAAAAUAUCCUACAACUGAUAAAAUAGAAUUGACUAAAUCUGACUCAAAAGAAACAAUUAAAUUAACAACCGUUGAAAAGGACAUCCCUGAAAGUCUAAAAACUGAUUCAGUUCUAGAUAAAAUUACAAUCGAAAAAUCUGAUACCAUUAAAGACGAUAUUAAAACCGAAUCACAAAAAAUAAUAAAUAUUGAAUCUAAAACUACCGAAAUUAUCAAACAUGAAAUAAUAACUGAUUUACCAAAAACAGAUAAAAUAGAAUUGACUAAAUCUGACUCGAAAGAUUCGAUUAAAUCAAUAGCUAGUAAAAAAGACGUGAAGGUAUUAUUAACUGACGAUAAAGAUCAAAAAGAUCCUACAACUGAUAAAAUAAAAUUGACUAAAUCUGACUCGAAAGAUUCGAUUAAAUCAAUAGCUAGUGAAAAAGACGUGAAUGUAUUAUUAACUGACGAUAAAGAUCACACAAUACCAAAAACUGAUAAAAUAGAAUUGACUAAAUCUGACUCGAAAGAUUCGAUUAAAUCAAUAGCUAGUGAAAAAGACGUGAAGGUGUUAUUAACUGACGAUAAAGAUCAAAAAGAUUCUUCAACUGAUAAAAUAGAAUUGACUAAAUCUGACUCAAAAGAAACAAUUAAAUCUAUAGCUAUUGAAAAUGACGUGAAGGUAUUAUUAACUGACGAUAAUGAUCAAAAAGAACAUACAACUGAUAAAAUAGAAUUGACUAAAUCUGACUCAAUAGAAACAAUUAAAUUAACACCCGUUGAAAAGGACAUCCCUGAAAGUCUAAAAACUGAUUCAGUUCUAGAUAAAAUUACAAUCGAAAAAUCUGAUACUGUUAAAGACGAUAUUAAAACAGAAUCACAAAAAAUAAUAAAUAUUGAAUCUAAAACUACCGAAAUUAUCAAACAUGAAAUAAUAACUGAUGUACCAAAAACAGAUAAAAUAGAAUUGACUCAAUCUGACUCGAAAGAUUCGAUUAAAUCAAUAGCUAGUGAAAAAGACGUGAAGGUAUUAUUAACUGACGAUAAAGAUCAAAAAGAUCCUACAACUGAUAAAAUAAAAUUGAGGAAAUCUGACUCGAAAGAUUCAAUUACAUCCUAUAGUAGUGAACUUGACCUGAAAGUAUUAUUAACUGACGAUAAAGAUCACACAAUACCAAAAACUGAUAAAAUAGAAUUGACUAAAUCUGACUCGAAAGAUUCGAUUAAAUCAAUAGCUAGUGAAAAAGACGUGAAGGUGUUAUUAACUGACGAUAAAGAUCAAAAAGAUUCUUCAACUGAUAAAAUAAACUUGACUAAAUCUGACUCAAAAGAAACAACUAAAUUAACACCCGUUGAAAAGGACAUCCCUGAAAGUCUAAAAACUGAUUCAGUUCUAGAUAAAAUUACAAUCGAAAAAUCUGAUACUGUUAAAGACGAUAUUAAAACAGAAUCACAAAAAAUAAUAAAUAUUGAAUCUAAAACUACCGAAAUUAUCAAACAUGAAAUAAUAACUGAUGUACCAAAAACAGAUAAAAUAGAAUUGACUAAAUCUGACUCGAAAUAUUCGAUUAAAUCAAUAGCUAGUGAAAAAGACGUGAAGGUGUUAUUAACUGACGAUAAAGAUCAAAAAGAUCCUACAACUGAUAAAAUAAAAUUGAGGAAAUCUGACUCGAAAGAUUCAAUUACAUCGUAUAGUAGUGAACUUGACCUGAAAGUAUUAUUAACUGACGAUAAAGAUCACACAAUACCAAAAACUGAUAAAAUAGAAUUGACUAAAUCUGACUCAAAAGAUUCGAUUAAAUCAAUAGCUAGUGAAAAAGACGGGAAGGUAUUAUUAACUGACGAUAGAGAUCAAAAAGAAACUAUAACUGAUAAAGUAGAAUUGACUAAAUCCGACUCAAAAGAAACAAUUAAAUUAACACCCGUUGAAAAGGACAUCCCUGAAAGUCUAAAAACUGAUUCAGUUCUAGAUAAAAUUACAAUCGAAAAAUCUGAUACUAUUAUAGACGAUAUGAAAACAGUAUCCCAAAACAUAUUAAAUAUUGAAUCUAAAACUACUGAAAUUAUCAAACAUGAACUAAUAACUGAUAAAAUAGAAUUGACUAAAUCUGACUCGAAAGAUUCGAUUAAAUCAAUAGCUAGUGAAAAAGACGUGAAGGUAUUAUUAACUGACGAUAAUGAUCAAAAAGAUCCUACAACUGAUAAAGUAGAAUUGACUAAAUCUGACUCAAAAGAAACAAUUAAAUUAACAUCCGUUGAAAAGGACAUCCCUGAAAGUCUAAAAACUGAUUCAGUUCUAGAUAAAAUUACAAUCGAAAAAUCUGAUACUGUUAAAGACGAUAUUAAAACAGAAUCACAAAAAAUAAUAAAUAUUGAAUCUAAUACUACUGAAAUUAUCAAACAUGAAAUAAUUACUGAUAAAAUAGAAUUGACUAAAUCUGACUCAAAAGAUUCCAUUAAAUCAAUAGCUAGUGAACUUGACCUGAAAGGAUUAUUAACUGAUGAUAAAGAUCGCACAAUACCAAAAACUGAUAAAAUAGAAUUGACUAAAUCUGACUCGAAAGAUUCAAUUAAAUCAAUAGCUAGUGAAAAAGACGGAAAGGUAUUAUUAACUGACGAUAAAGAUCAAAAAGAUCCUACAACUGAUAAAAUAAAAUUGAGUAAAUCUGACUCGAAAGAUUCAAUAACAUCGUAUAGUAGUGAACUUGACCUGAAAGGAUUAUUAACUGACGAUAAAGAUCACACAAUACCAAAAACUGAUAAAAUAGAAUUGACUAAAUCUGACUCGAAAGAUUCGAUUAAAUCAAUAGCUAGUGAAAAAGACGUGAAGGUAUUAUUAACUGACGAUAAAAAUCAAAAAGAUCCUACAACUGAUAAAAUAGAAUUGACUAAAUCUGACUCAAAAGAAACAAUUAAAUUAACACCCGUUGAAAAGGACAUCCCUGAAAGUCUAAAAACUGAUUCAGUUCUAGAUAAAAUUACAAUCGAAAAAUCUGAUACUAUUAUAGACGAUAUGAAAACAGAAUCCCAAAAAAUAAUAAAUAUUGAAUCUAAUACUACUGAAAUUAUCAAACAUGAAAUAAUAACUGAUAAAAUAGAAUUGACUAAAUCUGACUCAAAAGAUUCCCUUAAAUCAAUAGCUAGUGAACUUGACCUGAAAGUAUUAUUAACUGACGAUAAAUAUCACAAAAUACCUAAAACUGAUAAAAUAGAAUUGACUAAAUCUGACUUGAAUGAUUCGACUAAGUCAAUAACUAGUGAAAAAGAAUUAAUAGGAUUAUUAACUGACGAUAAUGAUCGAAAAGAACCAACAACUGACAAAAUAAAAUUUAGUAAAUCUGACUUGAAAGAUUCGACUAAAUCAAUAGCUAGUGAAAAAGACUUGAAAGGAUUAUCAAAAAUAAUAACUGUUGAUAAAUUUGAUUUAUGUAAACCUGAUUCAAAAGAAUUAAUUAAAUUUAAUCCUGUUGAAAAGAAUUUACCUAAAACUUUAUUAGACGACGCUACGAUGAUUAAACCCACACUCGAAAAAUCUGACACUUCUAAACUUGAUACUUCUGAUAUGUCUCAAAAAUUGAUUAAUAAUGAAACCAAAAGUUCAGAAAUCUUUACACGUGAAAUAUUUACCAGUAAACCUUUAUCUGAAUCUACUGUUGUAACAAAAUUCGUCUCUAAUGAUUUAAUCUGUAGUGAAAAUAAUUUUGAUGAAAUCGUAAUAAGCAAUCCUGAGAAUUUUUCGAAUUCUAAUCUCAAAUUAUGUGAUUCUUUAGACCCAGACAUAUCACUUGAUAUUCAUAGGAAUAAAUUUGAUGUUUCUUACUUUGAUAAUGUAGCUACUUCGUCAAAUUCUUACCAAUUUGACACUAAGACUAUUUCUGAAACUAAAAACACAACUCUUUUGUCUGAGAUCAAUAAUUCCGUUUCAUCUCAUUUAUCUUCUAAUGAAUAUAAUAAUGAUUCCUUUGUAAUUAAUGAUGACCAUGGUAGUACUGAGAUAAGUUGCUUGGAUAAUUUAGAAGUUUCCACAUCAACAUCUGUAGGAAGAGAUAUAUCCUUAAAUAAUUUAAGAGAUACAUUAUUCGAAAAGUCAAGUAUUGAAUUAAGUGAUAAUCUUUGUGAGUUUAUGAACGUAACAUCUACAACUUUAGAUCAUUUUGAAUUUGAUCAUAGUUUGAAUGAUUCCGAGAAUGGUGAAAAUAGAAGUGUAAAGCUUAAAACAGAGGAAAAAACUGGUUUUUAUAAUUCCAACGUUAGUAAUGAAUUUAUAGAAAAUACUUUAUUACAUCAUAAAUUGAAAAAUGUUGACUUUCUUGAAAAGUCCUCCGACAGUAGUACUAAACCUGAAACUGAUAGUACUCUAUCAAAUAAUUCAGUUGAUGUUAUUCAUAGUAAUACAAAAGCGAAAAAUGUAAGUAAAAAAUCGUAUGGACUUCGAAAAUCAGAUAUUACAAUGUCAGGCUUCAGUUCUUCUAAAAAAGCAAAAGAUUUAGAUAGUCUUAAAAAUGAAUAUAUUAAAAAGAAUACUAAAUCAAAAGAAAUUGUCAAACCCGAAAGUAUUGGAGUUACACGUAGUUCUUCAUUACGUUCUUAUACAUCUACAAUAUCCAAAUCAUCUAUGGCAUCUAAUAAAUCAAAAGUUACGAGAUCUGAAAGUACAAAAACUAUUCGUUCAUCUUUUGAAUCCAAAACAUCGAUGCAUAAUGUUAGUGUAUCGAGUCAAAAAAGAUUUUCUAGUUCCAAAUCCAAUUUAAUAAAAUCUUCAAGUACUUUAAGAACAAAAACUGAUACUGAAUUGACAGAUUUCAAAUCAUUUAACUCUUCUAAAAAAAUAACACAAAAUAUUUUAUCAUCUCUUGGAUCUGAAAUUGAAACGGUAGAUAACAGUGAAUGCAAAUCUUCAACUUUCAUAUCUAAGAACCAAACUUUAAAUCAGUCAUUUACAAAGAAAUCAAAUAUUCGUCAAGAAUUUAAUCCUGAAAGUAAAAACAAUCAAAAAUUACGUGAAAAUGUAACUUCAAUAAAAGUUGCAACUUCAACUAAAAUAUCAAACGAAUCAUCAACAAAAUCAAUUACUACCGUAAAUAAAAAAAACUAUUCAAAAAUUAAUCAACUUUCAAAUACUAAACUAUUAGAUUCAAAACGUUCAACAAGUAAUAUUUUAACAAAUGUUUUACAUCCACCACUUGAAUCACAAGGUACAUAUAAUAAAUUACCAGUCACAAAUAAAAUGUUAAAUAAAAAAUUUAAUAAACCAGAAAUAGAAAAAUAUCGUAAAACAACUGUAAAUGAAAAAUUAAAAAAUAAACAAGUGUUGGAAGUACCCGAAACUUCUCCCAAAUCUAAACUAAAAAGUUAUAUGGCGUCUACUGAAUCUCGCAAUAGAAAACUUGAAAAUAUUUCUCAUGUUCACAAUAAAACAUCUGAUGUUUCAACAAAAUAUCAGCGUAUAAUAUUUGAUAAGCAAAAAAAAGUUCCCACGUCUCCAUCAAGAAUACCUAUUAAAGAUAAUUCAAAUAAAAUUACAACUAAAAAGAAUUUGUCACUUUUGGAUACACGAUCAGCAUCUGUUUCGGACCCAAGAGUCUUAAGUGCUCCGUCACAAAGAAGUGGUUUUGACUUUAUGUCUUCACCUAGAAAAAUAAGUCCAACAUCAUUACCAGUAAGUCCGGCUCACAGGUGUUUAAAGGCUGAUAAAAAAAUCAGUUCAGUAUUAAUUACAUCAGAAGUCUUCUCAAGCUCCUCGGAUCGAGUUUCAUCGGUAGAAUUAGUAUAUGAGCAACCAAAACGUUCUUCUUGUUCAUCAAUGUCCGAACAACAACCUGCUUCUAUAACAGAAUCAGUAUCAUUAGAUGAUGAGGAAACUACUCAUUCUUCAACCUCAGACACCAAUCGAGAUUCCGAGAUAAACUCAAACAUUUUUGACGAUUCAUCAAUAGAAUUGAAUUUAGUUUUGAACAAUUCAACUCAAUUUUCAUUAUUUAAUGAAAUGUCAGAAGAAAGCAAAAAAAACUUACCCCAGAUUGCAAUAACUGCAUAUGAGUCUAAUGAGGAAGAUAUUGAAGUGACAAAUCUAUUAAAUGGAGCUAAUGAGCAAAAUAAUAUUAAGAUACAAGAACCACGAUCAGUUUCUCCUAAACCGACCAGACAUAAAUCAAGAAUUAUAUUGAAAUCACCCAUUACAACACAUUUACAAAAGUCACUUUCUCCUUGUUUGUCAGAUUUGAAUAGCUAUACAGAUGUUGAAGUAAUAUCAGAUUCAGAUGAUGAAAAGUAUUAUAUUCGAACUCCUAAUCUUUCGCCAGGACCUAUAGAUUAUUUCAUUCUGACAGAUGUCGAAGACUUAAGUGAAGAUGAAGGAUAUGAAAAAAACAAUAAGGUUAUAGAUGAGCUUACUGAUAUUGAACAUUUCACUGAUGAUAAAGGUAUAAUCAAUGAAGUCGAACACACAGCACCCUCUUUAGAAUCAAUACCUUAUUUUCCACAGCCACACAGAGAAAUUUUGUUUCACUCAAAAGAUGGGACAAUAAGUGCAUUAUCAUCAACGGAACAAUCAAACCCUAUUUGGCUCAAAUCCCCAAACGAAGAAGUUAAAGGUUUUGAAUCCGAAGAAGAAAUUAUAACAGUUGAAGAACACGGAGACACAGAAUCAUGUUUCAAUAACAAUAAUACAUAUUACCAUGAUAUAGAUGUAGGCGUAGUGGAAUCUAUAGAAACUGUCAAACAAGAUCGAUGUAAACAUAAAUAUAGAAAUCGAGUAAUGGCAUCAAAAAAAAAUAUAACACCUGAAGCAGAAUUUGGUAAAAAACGAUAUCGAUUAAAAAAUCGAUGUAAUUCAGAGAUAGAAGAAAGUUUUGAAAAACGUUCGGAAGAAAAUAAAAAAAAAACAUUAUCAAAAUACAUGUCUGAACCCACUCUAAGCAAUGUGGCGAUUCCUAAACAAGAUCAAAAUAUUAAGACAAAUAAAAUCAAAAACCAAGAAAAUAAUACAUUUAUAAUACAUGACAACAGAAAUGGUUUUAGUAUUUCUAUUGAUUUUCAAAGUCAAAAUUCGGUAUUAUUAAGCGUUGGUAGGGAUUACGGAAAUUUAUCAAUGAGAUGGUUUAAUGAUGGAAUAAUGACAGGGAAUGAAGCUAAUCAAAUCCAACAACAAAAUGCAAAGUCUAUAAAUAAUUCUGAGCGCAGCCCAGAAUUAACAACUAACGCCAGCAACUUAGCACUACAAAACUCCAUAGAUAAAAUCCCACCUAAACCAAAUCCUAGACAUUCCAUUGACAGUAGUGUUACGGCUUCUUUAGAUGAAGAUGAUGUAAACUAUACAACAAAAAAACUAUUUUGGGAAGAAAUAACCAAAACUAAUCAACCUCCGCUACCAAAACCUAGAUAUAGUAUUUCAUUACCAAUAAAAGAUUCAAAAAUAUCUGUAACGAACAAUGCUUCUUUAGAACUCUUCGAAAAUUCAUUCGGUGCUUCUGAUAAUACAGAAGUGCCUGAAAUGAUCAAAAAACCAAUGACAAGUAACCAAACUACAGAAAAAACUGUAGUUUCUGAGUUCACUUGUCUGAAGUCGGAAUUACUCGAUGAACAUAUACCACAACUAGAAACAAAUGAUGUUAAAGAAAAUAAACGAUUAGAUUCUGAAACUGAAUAUAUUAUUAAAUAUGGAGAAGAAUCAUUAGCAUUUGAAAAUGAAGGGUUUCAAGAAGAUGUUUUUGAUGAUAAAAUUACCGCUAAAACGGAAUAUUCUCAGGGUUCAAAUAAAAAAAUAGACACAAAAAAUAGAUCAAUGUCAUUACCAUCUCAUCAAACUGAACAUAUUUCCUCUAAAAAGUAUAUUCAGCAAAUUAAACCACAAAUGGAAGGUAUACAAAUGGAACAAGAAUCCUCACCUGAACAUAAAUCUUUGAAAUCUACAACACAUCAACAAUCUCCAAGCCAAGAAGUUCUUAUUAAUCGCCAAAUUCAUAAACACAUUUUUUCUAAUGAAUUAGACGAGCAAAUAGAUUCAUUAAUACCAGAAGAAAAAUAUUUAGGUUUAAAAUGUGAAAAAAGUAUUUCAAUAAACUCAAUACAUUCGUCAUCUGAUAAAAUUUCUGGAAGUACAAGUGAAAAAUCAAUUACAAAAACCGAAUCUGCUGAAUCAUCUGUUCUUGAUGAUUUACCAGAAGAAAUUAAAUUAAACAAAGUCAUUUCGAAACAAUCAAAAGACAAAAAUUCAUCAAGUUUAACUCACGAUCAUAUUGAUGAAAUUCCUUCUGACACUUGUUCGUAUAUUGAAGAAAAAGAAAAAUCCAUUUUACAAACUGAAUCAAUUGACUCUUCAAUGAUUGAUGACGAAUUACAUCAUGAAAUAGAAAACGAAAAAAAAAUGAGUUCACAAAUCAUACCAGAUCGUAUUAUUCACACUCCAGAAGAACACAUUCCAGAUACAAUAUGGGAAGUUACACAGCUCGGAACAGAUGAACAAGAUUUAGAGAACAUUGAUGUCAAAGAUCAAUGUCUUUUCCAUCAAAAUUUUGUUCAACAAGUUAAUUCUAUAGAAUCUCUUGAAAACACAAAAAAAGAAAUGACUGGAGAAUUGGCAAGAACUAUAGCUGAACAAUUAAUUAAUGAAAUUGAAGUUGAGCUUACAAAACGUCACGAUGUGUUGGCCAAUUUACAUCAUUUAAUGAUGUCACCUGAUCAAUUUCAACAACUAGAAAACAGUGGUUAUUUAGAUAUGGAAGGAGAAGAUUUGAAAUUAAAAAUUAUGGAAUCAGUAUUAGCAAAAAAAUCCAGGGACCAAUUAAAAAGUAUAUCAAAACAUGAUACAAUUACUUCAAGCAUUGAAAUUACAGAUGAAGAUUUAAAAAGUAGUGGUUUUGAAAUCGAAUACGAAGGAUUAUUAAAAUCGCAUAUCACUGAGCAUACUAUUCCAGAAAGUGAUUACGAAAAAUCUAAAACAAAUCCCUCCAAUAAAGACCCGGGUAUAUUUAAUGAAUAUGGACAAUCUUCACAUGAUGAAAAAGAAGAUUAUUAUAAAGAGGCAAACGAUAAUUUAAUUAUUGAAGCAUAUAUAAAAGAACAACAAAAUGAAAAUGAUAAACGAAUAGAAUCUCAACAAAAAGAUUAUUUUUCGGGUGGACAGGUUGAUCAUAAAUUAAUGUCUCGUAAUUACUACAAAGAUACUAAAACUGAUGUUCUUGAAAAUAAAAUAAUUAAUGAUAAUGAUCAAAAAAUAGAAACACAAGAACUUGGGUCAUAUUACAAUUCCAGUGAUGAUAAUAGUGUACACGAUAUUCUUAAUUCGAGUAAAACGUCAGAUACUGAAAAGGGAAAAAUAGUCAAUGAACAUUUUGUAGAAAAUGAUAGUCAUAAAUUUCACUCUAAAGAAUGUUUUGAAGUGAAAAAUAAACAAGUCAUAAAUGGGAAGACUGGAAAUAUUAUUAACAAUGAAAAACACGUUGAUACAUUGAUAAAAGAUUUCGAUGAUGAAUUGAUAAAAGAAAAACAACACUCGACACAAAUCACAGAUGAUGGAUUGGAAAUCUGUAAUAUAGACAGAAAAGAAUACCGAGCAACAUCUUGUAUUUUGAAAGAAACUGUGAACGAUUAUAAAAACGAAGUAACAUUAAUAAAAGAAUUCGAGCCAUGUUCAUCAAAGUCACUGAUCAAACAAUUAAGCACGGAAUCUUCUCCUUCAAAAGAAAAUUCUGUACACUCACCAACUUCCCCAUCAUCAUCUUCGGUUGAUAUUCGUGAAGAAAAACGAGUGAAUUUUGACACCGUUGUCCUAAGAAAAGCUGAUUCUAUUAAUAUAAAUAAAUUAUCAACAAAAAAACCUACAGAUUCCAGUUCAAGUGAUAGCCAUUAUCAUUCAUUUGAUCUCACGUCAUCUAGCAGACCAUGUUCGUCAGAUGUGGAUGGGCUUUUAGCUGGAUCUUCUGAAUAUGAAUCUGCAAUUUCAGUACCAUCAAAUGAGUAUCACACAGCAAUAAGUUCACUGAGCUCAAGAGAAUCAAUGAAAUCUCUAGAUUCAGAAAGCUCUGGAAACCUUGCUUCAGUGGAAAACAGUGAAGCAUCUGAAACACUUAUUGCAUCAACUGGAGAUUUAGAUUUUGACCAAGAAGGUACAAACUCAAUUUUAGAAGAUGAAGAUAAAAUAGAACCAUACGAACAAGAAAUACCUAUGCAUAUAAUUAGAGGAGAAUCCUUACCAAUUAUAGCAGAGCUAACUGAAAUGGAGUACAGUUGCAUGUAUAAAACUCAACCAUUUUCUCAGCCAGCUAUUAAUAGUGAAAAAAACAUGCAAAAAAUGAAAAGAUCACAUGAAAUGACUUUUCAUCCUAUGCCGAAACAUAUAACUAGUGACAGCUUAUCCGAUUCGUCAUCACAUGAAGAAAAAUUAUUUUCUAGUGAAGAUGCUAGUAUGAGUAUAUCAAGUACAGAAGGCCAAGCAAUUCAAACUGUUGUUGAAGCAAUGAAUGGAUUUCCUGAAUCUGGAACAUGCAGUUUUAGUUUCAGCGAUGAAAAUACAAAAUCUGUUGAAACUUUGACUAUACAAAAUGAAGAUGAAUGUCAUGACAAUGACAACAAAUGUGUAACAAUUCUAUCAUCCUCAGUACCAACAGAAUAUGGUAUUAGCCAUAAUGUAUGUACUCAAAUGACUACAAAGUCAGAAGAUGUACAAAAAAAAGGACACCGAAGAAAUAGUAGUUCAUUUAGUAAAAUACUAAUGGAAGAUUUGGAUACUAUCGAAAACAAAGAAAGUAUAGAUACAGAUGCAUUGAAAGAAUUUAAAGUUUAUAACCAACAUUCAGACCAUAUUCAAGAUGUAUCUAAAAAAAAAAUUGAAAAUAUAUCAUCAAAAGAUGCACAUGUUUUGGUUAGAAAAGAAAUUCCUUUAAUACAUGAUAAACACAAUUUUGAUAUGCAUGGAAAUAUAUCUGAUAAACACAGUUUUGAUCAUAUUGAUGAUAUUGCCGAAUCUGAUGCCGCUUUUCAAAUGGUACCUCAUGUAUCACCAGCAAUACCCGCUUCUUUACCGCCCACAAUACCAGAGGAUCCCUUUUCAGAAGAUGAGGAUGAUUUAAUAGACAAUUCUACAGAUACGGUUCCUAAUAUUAUGAUAACAGAACAUAUGGCUCCUUUGAUUGAUCGAGGUUUUCAUUACCCUGACUUAGACCUAGAAGCUAAGGAACUCGAAAUCAAAUCAUCAACCCCACAAACUCCUGCAUCAAUUAGUAGUAAAGAAUCAUCAGAUACAGAUCAGGGUAGAGAAUACAUAAUAAAUGAAGAGUAUGACCCACAUGAAGAACCUUCAUGGACUGGUGAGGAACAAACAAUUCUUGAAAAUGUUGAAGAAAUAGAAGAAAAAGAAUCUGUUUCUUUAAGUGAAUCUUUCGAAUUAGUUGAUAAUAUUGAAGAAAAACUUGUAGACAGCUCAGAAGAUGAAUUUGUAGUUAUAGAAGAAAUAGGAAAAGAAGCUAUGGAAGAAGAUUCUGAAGGAAAAGCAAUACAAAUUGAAAGAAAAACUAAAAUCAUUCAUAAAAAUGUAAGCAUCACUGGUUCACCUCAACAUGAAUCAGACUCUGAAAGUCCAGGAUCAAAAAGUCAACUUGAAUUAGAAUUUACAAAUCAAAAAUGGGUGGAACUUCAAUUUGAAGAUGACAACACUAUAAAUGAAGUAUAUGGAUAUAAUAUAGAGUAUGAAAGACCCCCUCUUGAAGAUAUCAAAGAAGAAGAUACAGACGUGCAAAGCAGUAAAGUUGGGAGUAUUGGCAGUCAAGUCAGUCAUUCAAUUGAUAGUUUUGGCAGCAUGAAAGAAUCGUUUAGCAGCACUCCAGAAAGCAAAAAAUACUUAGGAAAAUCGUUAGAAAAUGAUAAUAUAUCUGUGAAUUCCCUACAAGAAUUUGAAAGGUUAGAACAGUUGGUAAGAAUCGAAUCAAUGAAAGCUAAGUCUUCGGGAUCUUUAGCAUCUACUACAAGUUCUUCUAAUAGUAGAAAGGAUGAUUUAUCAUUAACUUCUCUCAAAGAUUUUGAAAUAGAAGCAGCUUGUUUUAAAACUGAGUUAAUUGAAAACAAGGCUUUAGCUAGAAAAUCAUUAGAUGACGAAGAGGGGAUGUUUAAAAUCAAUGAAAUAAUCAAAGAAGCUGAUAACUUAGAACAAAACGAAGAUUAUUCUGAAAAACAUAUAUCAGAAGAUGAUAAUUUAACUAGUACAGAAUCUCUUGACUUAAAAACAAUUGUUACUGAAAUGAAAGUGUCAGCUUCUCUGGAGCAUAUGCCAAAUAUAGGGUGUGUUGAAGGGAAACAAAUUGAUUAUGAUGACUGCAUGAACUCAAGUGUUUCAAGUCGUGGUUUUAGUAGUCCAAUUAUGGAUGACCAUUCUAAAGAGUCAUCAUACAGAAACAGUUUAAUUUAG